AUGUCUACCAUCAGCGAAUGUGGGCAGCAGCUUGGUCUAUCUACCGUUUGCAUCGCCGUCGUGGCUCAAAUCAACGGCGCUACCAACUUCUUCAGCCCAAAAGCCAGUGCCAAGGUCUACUCGACCGCCGGUGCACAAAUUACUCCCCUUUCUUCCCGACUUUUCGGUAUCUGGAACUCCACCUCUGCCAUCAUUCGAGGCUAUGCUGCCUACAACAUCCAUGACAAGGUUGCCUACGAGCUUGCCAUGUGGUCUUUCGUCAUUGCCUUGGUGCACUUCGUCUCAGAAACCUUUGUCUACAAGACGGCCAAGAUGGGUCCCGGGAUGAUCAGCCCUUUGAUUGUUGCUUCUUCGAGUCUCACCGUCAUGUACCUCAACUACGGACACUACGUCAGGUAA